AUGAGUAUAAAAAGGGAGUAUGAAGCGAGAUCAGCACAUUCGGCAGGGAGCAGCAACAUGAGGUUCUUAGUGUUGGCGGCGUUAGUCGUCGCGGCCUCGGCCACCGCGCUGAAGGAUGUUAACUACCAGGACUUUGUUAUUGGAAAGGAUACCUUAGUUAACGUGGACAUCAAAACUAAGGAGAUCUACUGCUGGAAGUUACUCAACCACAUCCUGCAACCCACCAUGUACGACGACAUUCGCGAUGUCGCUCGGGACUUCGUACUUGAAGACAAUUUCGACAAAUUUUUGAAAGAUGAUGUCGUCAAACGUUUCAUUGAAGUCUUCAAGAUGGGCAUGCUCCCACGUGGUGAGAUCUUCGUGCACACUAACUUGCACCACAUGGACCAAGCCAUCGUCGCAUUCCGUAUGCUCUACUUUGCCAAGGACUUUGACACCUUCAUCCGAACCGCCUGCUUCUUGAGGGAGCGUAUCAACGGUGGCAUGUUUGUCUACGCUUUCACUUGCGCCGUCUUCCACCGCCAAGACUGUCGCGGUAUCGUCCUCCCUGCACCUUACGAGAUCUACCCCUACUUCUUCGUCGACAGCCAUGUCAUCCAAAAAGCCUUUAUGCUAAAGAUGUCCAGGGCCGCCACCGACCCAGCUAUUUUCAACUAUUAUGGCAUUAAAGUGACCGACAAAAACCUGUUGGUCAUUGACUGGCGUAAAGGUGUUCGCACCACUCUCAGUAAAGACGACCGUCUCACGUACUUCACUGAAGACAUCGAUCUAAACACAUACAUGUACUACUUGCACAUGAGCUACCCCUUCUGGAUGAUUGAAGACACAUACAAUCUACACAAGGAGCGCCGCGGUGAGAUCACCAUGUACGCUCACAAACAGUUGCUCGCUCGCUACAGGUUAGAACGUCUAACGAACAGAAUGUGCGAUAUUGAUAUGAUCAAGUUCGACGACAAGGACAAUGUCGGAUACUGGCCCAAGAUCCGUUUACACACAGGAGAUGAGAUGCCGGUCCGUCCCAACAACGUAAAGCUGGUUACCAAAUACAACCUAAGAGAAAGAAUGUACGUAGAAGAUAUUGAGAGGAUCAUUCGCGACGGUAUCACAACUGGAAAGAUUGAAAAACGCGAUGGAACUGUCAUCCACUUGAAGAAGGUCGAGGACUUCGAAAACCUUGCUAGAGUGUUGCUGGGUGGUUUGGGUAUCGUCAACGAUGACGCCAAGGUCAUACAUGUUGUACAUCUGUUCAGAAGGCUCUUGUCCUAUGGAACAUACAACUUUGACAAAUACACAUACAUCCCUACCGCUUUGGACAUGUACACAACUUGUCUACGCGACCCACUCUUCUGGAGAGUAAUGAAGCGUAUCACAGAGCACGCCGAUUUGUUCAAGCUGUACUUGCCUAGAUACACCAGAACCGAACUCGACUUCCCCGGCGUCAGAGUAGACCGUAUUACCACAGACAAACUUGUCACCUUCAUGGACGAAUACGACCUCGACAUGACCAACGCUUUGUACCUCGACGACGUCGAAAUUCAAAAGAAGAAAUCUGACAUGACAUUCGUCGCUCGAAUGCGCCGCCUUAACCACCAACCUUUCAAGGUAACAAUUGAUGUCGACUCGGAGAAGACAAUCGACGCCGUCGUAAGAGUGUUCAUUGGACCGAAAUACGACUGCAUGGGUCGCCUUCUAAACUUCGAUGACAAGCGUCACGAUAUGGUUGAAUUCGACAGCUUCUUAUACAAACUGCAAACAGGCAAGAACACAAUCGUCCGUAACUCUUUCGAGAUGCACGGCGUCAUCGGUGACAGGGAAUGGACCCGUCGUUUCUUCGACAACAGCCGUGACACUACAGGAGCGUACGAGAAGAUUGUCGACAGCUACUGGUACAAAACACGUAUCGGUUUUCCACACAGACUGCUCCUUCCUCGUGGUACUGUUGGCGGUUUUGAGAUGCAAAUGUUUGUGAUUGUUACCCCUGUGCGCACUGGUAUGGUUCUGCCCACCAUUGACCUUAAUGUAAUGAAAGACCGUCACGCGUGUCGCUGGACCGUGUGCUUCGACACUAUGCCUCUCGGUUUCCCCUUCGACAGGAGAAUCGAUCUGACCGACUUCUUCACCACCAACAUGAAGUUUACAGACGUCAAGAUCUUCUACAAGGACUUGGCAACAUCGAACUCAGUGAAGGAUAUGGACAUGUCCGACAUGAUCAUGAAGCGUGAUGAUCUCACCUACUACGACAAGGACAUGUUAAUGAAGUGGUCCUACAAAGACGUCAUGAUGAUGAGCACUGAUAAAAUGAUGAGAAUGUAA